AUGACAUUCAAAUGAACCCCGGCUCAGGCUCUCGAUCAGCUUAGUCUGUGGGGAAAUAUUUUCAACCCUAACCACAAACCAUGUAUCGCAUCAGCAGCAGAAAUAAGCAGCAGGAGACCCCUCCUCACCUCGUGGACACUUCAGUCAUAUGUUCAGAGAGUCAACAUGGAGGUCUGUGCUCUUAACAUCAGGCUGUUGAUCUGUGUGUUAUUCCUGUUGGGUGCACAUGUUCAAGAUGUGGAUUCACUGAUUCUCCGUCUUGAACCAAACAGACUGCAGUUCUUUGAAUACGAGGCUCUGAUCUUCCAUUGUGAGGGCUCUCAUGACCCGACUGGAUUGAAAAUUGUACAUCGGUCCAAAGGGGAAUUACUCAAAUGUCAAACUACAGUGACAUCAAAAAGGUCAUCCUGCACUAUUCCUAAUAUUUUUCCAGAGGACAGUGGGCAAUACUGGUGUGAGUCCAGAGAUGGGAAGAGAAGCGACAUCAUCCACAUCACUGUUACAGAUGGUCCUGUGAUCCUGGAGAGUCCCAUCAGUGUGGUGGAGGGAGAGGCUGUGACUCUGUGCUGUCGACACAAGACGACCUCAUCCAACCUCUCAGCUGAUUUCUACAAAGAUGGCCGCUUUAUCAGAAAAAGCUCUACAAGAAACCUGAGCAUCUCCAGUGUUUCCAAACGUGAUGAAGGAUUCUACAAGUGUAGCAUCUCUGGAGGAAGAGAAUCAGCCGAGAGUCUGAUGGCUGUCCAAGAAAACCAGGGAGAGAAUUUCUCAUCCUGUUCUACCCCAUGGAUAGUUAUGACUGUUUUAUCGAUUCUGUUGUUGCUGGUUGGACUUCUUCAUUUCGGCAAAUAUAUUCGGAACAAAGUGAUGCUGUACUUGUCCACACUGGCACCUCAGUCAGGCACAGCUGAGGUUCAAACAGUCACUGUUGAGGCACGUCGAGUGGCAGCAGAUGCACCAUGUGACCAAGUGAUGUAUGCUGCGAUUACAAAAGACAGGACAAAGAGAGGUACCUCACUUGACAGUUUAUCCUGUCCCGGUUCAUUUCACAUUCACGAUUCUCCAUCCUAUGUCUUGAUCUUAAACUCCUUUCUUCUUGAAAUAGAAAAUUUUCAGUUUGUGGAUAUAAUUGCUCGACUUUGAAAUCUAUAUAUAUUUUGAAUGCCUGUGUAAUGUAUCGAUGUGGAUUCUUACCAAACAUUUGU